AUGAAGGCGCGGCGUGCUGUGCAGGCGGGGACGCUUAGUCAGGCGCUGAUCGGGGCAGAGCUCAGGAGGCGGCGGACACAGCACCACAGCACGCCCACAGCCACGAAGAUGGUCUCCCAGGAGGCCCGCCAGGAGCUCGCCCUGCUCGAGGCCAUGUACCCCGACCGGCUCGCAUGGAUCGAGGGGCCCACCCCAGACGACCAGCCCAUCCUCCCCAGGGGCUCUCCAUCCGCGCAAGCUUCCCCUGACCGGCAGACGACCUUCGAGAUCGCGCUCGCCCUGCUGUUCGGCGACGGCCAGGAACGCCCGGUGGAUGUCCGGGUGACGAUCGGGCCCACCUACCCCGCCGACGCCGUCCCCAGCGUCCGGCUGCACAGGGUCGCAGACCUCGCCCCGUCGGACACCGCCCGCUUCCAGGCCGGCUUCCGCGCCUGGCUCGACGGCCCGGCCGGCCUGGCGCCAGGCGAGGCCUGUGUGGACGUCUUGCUGGCCAAGCUCGGCGCCCUGGCCGCCGCCUUCGUGCCCACCACGUCUGCCCCCACUCCCCCCCUGGAAGUCGCCGAGCCGACCAGUGCCCGUCAGGAGCCGCCGAUCGCCAUGGCCUGGACCGUCUUCUGGAUGCACCACAUCCAGGCGCCCGGCAAGCGCAAGAGCAUCGCCGGCUGGGCGCGCGAGCUGGGCGUCCGGGGCUGGGCCAAGCCCGGGUACCCCGGGGUGCUGGUGAUCGACGGGCCCAGACCGGCCGUCGAGGCGUACGCCGGCCGGCUCAAGGCGCUGCGCUGGAGCGCCAUCCAGCAGCGCCACUUCGAGGCCUACGAGCUCGCCCCCGCCGCCGAGAGCGAGGCCCAGCGCCGCAUCCAUCUCGGCCCUCAUCCGAACAGCCCCGCCGAGCCAGACGCCCCGCCCCUGCCCAUCCUGCGCACCGACGCCGUCGUCGAGGUCGCCUCGAUGGCCCAGCUCGUCCGCCUCGCCCGCGCCGAGGGCUUCGACUCCCUGCUCUGCCACAUCCUCAAGAUCAAGUAA